AUGUCUUGUAUUCGUAACGUAAUAAAUGGGGUUCAAAUUAAGGCUUCAGAUAGUGCUGGUCUACUAGCCUUUGCAGAUCAGUUGAUGGAGUGUGAAACCACCUUGGACGCAAUAGGUUAUCUUGACGAAGUCAACAGCUCCGACAACCUAAGGCGAGUCGUUGAACGCUUGCCUUACCAUCUGAAGGCGAAGUGGCUGGAAAGGGCUCAAGACUUGUUGGAGGCGGGCAAAAGACCAAGGCUUAACCACAUCUCAGAAUUUGUCAUGACAAGAGCAAAGAGUGCGAAUAAUCCUAUGUUCUCAGGAAUUCUUAAUGAUGAAAGUAAGUCUAGGGAUUCAACGCGCCAGCGUAGGCCGUCGGGGGCGAACUUUGGUAUUGAAGGCGGCAUUCACCAAAUCCAACAUUUGCAAGCAAAAGAUACGACGACUGAUAAGCAUGAAACAUGUCCAUUAUGCCAUGAUAACCAUCGACUAGAAAACUGUGAUCAGCUCAAAAAGGUAUCUUAUGAAGAAAGGAUGAAAAUUGUGAGAUCCUUAAGGCUCUGCGACAAUUGCUUUGUAAGUGGACACUUGGCAAAGGGAGGUAUGAAGAGAAGUGCAUGCGAAGUCAGUGGGUGCAAUCGACGCCAUAAAACCAUCUUGCACCCACCAACGAAGGAUCGAGAUUUGGAAGCGAAUGACAAUUUUCAAGGUGGUAAUUCAGAGCAAAGGAAUGGUAACUGUAGUUCAACGAACAAAGGCGGUAGCGUCUGUCUACGGAUCGUACCG